CCCAAGUAGCAACAUAUAAAAGAGCUAUUCGCCGAUAAAUAAAUUCACAUUGUAAUAAAAAACAUUUCAAAACUUACUGUAUGGUAUCAGUGAAAUUUAUAUCAGCCGACAAAUUACUCCGACAUGAGGCGAUUCAUUCUUAUUGCCUUUAUUGGCACGUUUCUAACAAGAGACGUUAUGCUGUCGAAAGUUCACCAAUAUCCUUCAAGUCUAGCAUGGUUGUUUGGUUCAAAUAAACUGAAUGAUAAUGAGGAAAAAAAACGAACUGUAUGCGAAUCUGAGGAUUGCAAGAAAAUGGCUAAUAUGAUGUUAGGAAGCAUGAACAAAUCUGUAAAUCCGUGCGACGACUUUUACGAAUACGCAUGCGGAAGAUGGUCGGAGCAAAAUCCCAUUCCAGAAGGAUAUCGCGAGUGGAGUGUGCUUUACAUACUUCAAUUUAACAAAACUGAUAAGCAAGUACAAGAUAUUGUGGAGGAAGAACUUAAGGAGGACGAUCUUAGAGCGGUAAAGCUUGCGAAAAACUGGUACAAGGCUUGCAUGGAUACAGACGCUAUAGAAAAGCAAGGGAUCGAUCCGCUGGUUUCAACCUUAACGCGUUUAGGUGGUUGGCCAAUGAUAAUGGAGCCAAAUCAAUGGGACGAAGAGGAAUAUAGCUGGCAAAAAGUAGAUGAUCAAUAUAUGCGCUUGACAGGAAGAAAUGCUUUUUACGACGUACGCAUAAGCAAGGAUUCAGAUAAUCCAAAAGUAGUAGAGAUUGAUACGCCACAUUUACCACCAGGUUCAAAGACACUACGGUCUAUAAUGAAAUCUGAUAAAGAGGACAGUAAUGAAAAAGGAGACGAAGAACAAAGCAAAAGUGAGGAGGACCCAAGUGACGAGGAGGAACAAAGCAACGAAGUACAUGAACCUGGAAGUGAAGACAAAGAUGAUUUUAAAUUCGUUGACAGUGAUAGUGAUGACUAUGAUGACAGUGAUGAUGAUGAUUAUAAUGAUAGUGAUAAUGAUGAUGAUGAUAACGAUAAUGAUGAUAGCGACGAUGAUGAUAAGAAUGGUAGUGGCGAUAGCGACAAUGAUGAUGAGGAUAGUAGUGGCGAUGACAACGAUAAUGAUGAUGAGAAUGGCAGUGGCAGUUGCGACAAUAAUGAUGACAAUGAUAAUGACAUAAACGAACAGCAUGAAGAUUUUAAAGAGGAAAUGGAGAAAAUUACCAGGAAAAAAAUUACAAAGAUUGUUCAUAAAAGAAACAAAAAAUUACAAUCUGUUGGACAAAUAAAUGGUAGGAUCAUUCAAAAGCAUGACAAUCAUAAGAGAAAUAAAGAAAAAAUUAAAAGGGAGGCAGAAGUUGACAAUAAACACCCGCAUCGUUUUACUCGUCGUAAAAAGUUGCAUGUCCGAAAAGAUAACAGAAGAAAGAACCACGUAAGAAAAGUACAUAUGAAAAAAAUUAAAAAUUUGAGUGCUAAAGACACAACGGCAAUAUCGCAAGUAACAACAGAAAAAGGGAAGAAGAUAACAUUGUUAAGACAAUACGCUGAUCACAUAUCACAUGUAGCUCAUAUUAUAGCUAAAGAGAAAGGUACCAAAAUUUCACAAGAACGUCUCGAUAAAGAUGUUCAAGAUAUGAUCAAGUUUCAACUAAAGUUGAUCCAGAUUAUCCCAACGGAAUCGAUAUUUAAUUUGCUCUUCAAUUUAGAAGUUACACUUAGAGAAUUUCAAGAGUGGUAUGACGAAAAGGAACCUAAAACAGCUAAGAGUAAGAUUGACUGGGUAAACAAAAUUAAGGCAUUGUUUGACGAGGCGUACGAAUCUGUGAAUGAUGAUUUAAAUCUGAACAUUGUUUUGCCAAAUUACAUUGAAGAGCUCGUCUCUCUACUGGAUGAGACGUCAAAUCGUACGAUUGUGAAUUAUAUACACUGGAACUUUAUAAGCAGAAUAAUAAAAACUACAACAAGUGAUAUGACAAAUUUAUAUAAUACAUGGAAAAUAUUUAGCACGGGUGAAGUCCCAAGGGAGAGAUCGGAGAUUUGCACAGAGUCAACAGAGAUAAAAAAUAUUUUAGCGUAUGAAUUUGUAAGAAGAUAUUUUUCUGAUGAUAAAAUGAAAACAGCAUCGAAUAUGAUCAGCGACAUACAAAAGGCAGUCGAAGACUUAAUAAAAAAAUCAAACUGGAUGAAUAACAAAGCUAAAAAUUUUGCCUUAGCAAAAGUAAAGAAUUUGAAAAGAUUUAUUGGAUAUCCGAAUUGGUACAAAAAUACCACAAUUAUUCAAGAGUAUUUUAAAGAGCUCGUUAUCGGUUCGUCGUAUUAUGAGAAUACUCUUCGAUACAACAGAUACGUCAAAUUGAAGAGCCUACGGAAGUUGUCGGAUAAUAAUAAUGAAAUUCAAUUUUUCGAUGAAACAGAUCCAGAGUCAUUAAAUCCAGUUGAAGUAAAUGCUUUUUACAUGCCCUGGCUAAAUGCCUUAGCUGUCACAGCAGCUGAUUUUCAGAGUCCAUGGUACGCUGACGGUCGACCACAAUCUGUUAAUUUUGGUACUAUGGGAUUUAUCAUAGCUCAUGAGAUUAAUCAUGGAUUUGAUAAUACAGGAUACAAAUUCGAUAAGGACGGUGAAUUUCUGGGAUGGUUCUCAUCAAUGGCCGACUCGUACGAUAAAAAGGAGGAUUGUUUUGUGGAACAGUUUAAUAAUUAUCCUAUUGAUAAAAAAACAAAUGAAAAAAUAAAGAAUUACGGUUCGAAGACAACGGGUGAUAACAUCGCGGAUACAAUGGGAUUACAGGCGAUAUUUAAGGCUUAUCAAAGGAAGCAGAAAGAGAGAGAAACACCGGAUGCUGCAUUGCCGGACAUGGAAGAUUUUACCAAUAAUCAAUUAUUCUUUUUAUCCUUUGCCAAUUUAUGGUGCGAAGCAAUCGAUCCAAAUCAAUUAAUGGAUGUCGCAAAAGAAGAUGUUCAUAGUAUCGGACGAUUGAGAGUUAUAGGCUCUGUAUCGAAUUCGGAUGAUUUUGCUACAGCUUAUAAUUGCCCCGUUGGCAGUCCGAUGAAUCCUGAAAAGAAGUGUAAUAUCUGGAACUGAUCGAAAAACAAUCAUCUUAUAAAGUAUAUCAGAAAUAUAUAUUGCAGAAAUCAUUUACUUUAAUGUAUUGAAUAAAAUAAAAGCUAUUUGACUAAA